UGGUACCAGUGGUCGCAGUUUUGUUCGUUCUCAUCGUGAUUGCUUAUUUCUUCGUGCUGUCUCUGGUGCCGAUGAACAUCCCUUAGACGACCGGGAAGUGGACAGGCAACAAGGCCGUUAAAAAUCUUAAUCUUCCAAUGGUUUCCCUGCUCCUCGCUUUUGUGAGCAGCGUGGUUCUGGCCAUUCCUCUAGUGUUUUCUAAUUUUAUUUUUUUCGUAUACCUUAUUUCAUGUUGUAGAGUGGUUGGAAUUACUGUACACACAUUAUUCACUCGUCGUUCUUUUCUUUUUUCUCUCAUUGAUCGAUUUAGGCUGUCAGUACUUAACGUAGAUGCGGGUUAUAGUCGUUUGCGUGGAGAACGAAGAAAGUUUCGAUUUCUUCACUGAUUUCGUACAUUAAUGCAUGGUUAUGGGCGGAGAGGG